AUGGUCGCUGUGUAUCCGAUCGUUCUGCUCGCCCUCACUGCAAAACUCGCGACGGCCGACACCACGCCCGAUAACACGCCCGAUAACACGCCCGACGCGGAUGAGAGCAACAGCCUCAUGAUGGCGGUCGGCACGAACGGCACGACCGUGCAAGCCACCAGCGGCACGACGUCGUACAUGAACACCGAGUACAAUCCCGACCGGUGCUUGCUCCAGUUCCUCAGUCUCGCGUGCGACGACGACGACUGCGGCGAGCUCAAUGGGUUCAAGCUCGAGUGCGUGUCGAAGGGCAUGCAGAAUGGCCGCGAGAAGAAGAUGUGCGAGUGCCAAGCGGCAGACGCCGACAAGUGCCAGAACUCGGUGAACCCGAACGCCACGUCGGGCACUGUCGCCCAGUUUGGCGAGUGCAGCGACCAGCUCCAGUGCGUCGACUCGUACGGCUACAUUGCCACGUCUCAGGAAGAAGGCCCCGUCUGCGCCGAGCGGCUGCACUGUCUGCAGGAGAUUAACUCGGAGGCGACGCAGCCGGCGUCCAUCUGCCACACGUGCAUGUCGUGCAUUGCGCAGAACGACGCGGCCGAGAAGCAGUUGGCGGCCGCCAAGCGCUUCAACUGUUCGGCCAUUUGCCCGAAAGAGAUUCUCGACACUGUGGCCGAGCGCAAUGCCGCGGGCGUCGGGAUCGCCGACUCGUAUACGGUCACGGGCUCAGCCAGUGACGCAGGAGAUAGGGACAAUGCCACGACACGGCCGGACAACGCGGCGACCCCGCGCGAGACGAGUGGAUCGUCGAUGGUGAAGCCGCAGACAAGCGUCGGAGCGAUUGCCGCAGCGAUUGUGGCCGUUGUGCUCGUUGCCGCUCUGAACUAA